GUGCGGUUGCCUGAGGGUCGUCUGGCGUGGGGGUUCAUGUCAACGCCGGGGGCAAGCGCCACCGAGUUGAGAACUGAGGUGCUUCAUGCUGAGGUGCCUCAGGAUCCCGACUUGGUGUGCGUCUUGGCUCCGAGCAAUGACUUGACCGCCAAGCACACCAUCGGUCGUGCGGCUGCAGACUUCCAGCGGUACCUAGCCACCGUCUGCAGUCGCUGGCCGAAGGUGUGUGUGCUGGACUUUCCUCCGAGGUUGACCGUUGAGGACUCCCUGCAAGAGCUCUACCGCCAGGAGUUCCACCGGGUGGCAGCCCGCAUGGCUGUGAAGUACUUCCACAUCGCGGACCACUUCCCCCGGCAGUGUCUCAACCUGUGGAGUCGCGAUGGUGUCCACCUGAGUGACGACGUCGGCAUGGAGAUCUUCGCCCAGCUGCUGUGGACGGUUGCUUACACGCAACUGGAGACCGUGCCGCCAGCCCCGCCGGUGUCUCGUCCAUCCCCACCUUCUCGCUUCACUCCCCGUGUGGUUGUGAAGGGAGAGGUGAGGGUGCGUCGCAGCCCUGGCCCCGAGGAGUGGACUGUCGUUGGUCCGAGCGGCAAGUCCUCUGGAGGAUGCAGUGCAGUUCAGCGGGAGCCGGCUGGCAUCCCCCUGAAUCCUGUGCUGUUCAGCAGUGAGAUGUUGGAGGAGAUGGAGAAGGUUUCUCCAUCAAAUCUGACGUCUCCUGCUGACUUCGCUGGUGUUUCACCGCCAAAGACGCUGCGUGUGAAACACCACUCCAAGAGGACUCGAAGGGCCGCAUCCAGCCGAGGGAUUUCUUCUGACUCCAAGGCCGCUCUGGAGUCGAAGAAGGUCGGGGCAACGUCCAGGCAUCCGGUCCCUUCUGGCCGCACUGACGAGAGGACGGUUGAGACAACACCGAGCCCGGGUGUGUUGUCUUCUACUGAUGAAGAUGAGGCAACUACUGCGAAGGUAAGUGAGGUGAGUAUGGGUAAUGUUGAUGUUGUUAGGGGUUCAGUUCACCAGGGGCACAGUCGGUUUAGGAAUCCGGGAGUUCAGUGUAUGGCGAUAGGGUUGGUUAGUUUGGCCAGACACAUGGUGUCUAGUGUGUUUAAUUGGAAGACAGAAGAUUUAGAUUUAGCUCUGUGGUUAGGAGAUCAGCUCUAUACGCAUCUGAAGGACCAUGGUAAAAUUCCUCCAGGAGAAAACUUUUUGAUGAUCCCAGAGUUGCCGAACGACCACGUUUUAUACUGGCAGAACUUUAAGUUUGCGUUCCCCGAGACUGUUAGUGGUGAUGUCACUGUGACCGAAGGAGAGUUUAUUGAGUGUGGAGCAUAUGUGACUCUAGAACAUGGGCUGGAAAGGAUGUUAUCUCAGUACCAGACAUGUCUUUUGACCUUGUGUUCAAAUACAUGUGCUGUAAUUUCUGCUAGUGGUAGGUUUGCUGUAGUUGAUUCUCAUUCACGCAGUGCUACUGGCAUGGUGGAUGUUAAUGGUACCAGUGUAGUUUCGUACUUUGGUUCCAUUAGGGAAGUGUUUGAUCACUUUAGUUGUUUGGCAGUGAUGUUUGGUGGUAGUAGCAAGCCUUUUGAAAUAAAUGGUGUUGAUGUGAGUAGGGAGUGUGAUGUGUCGAGUAGCUUAUUUGUUGGUGCAUCUGAUGAUGGCAAUAAGCAACGUGUAAAACGUCAGCUGUCAGCAGAUUGUGAUGAAAUUGGCCUUUCCAGCCCAUCUAAACAUAUCCCAAAGAAAGGCCGUAUUAAUGUUUCGAUGGUUGUUUCAGAUGACGAGUUUGCUGUUGAGGAACAGGUUCUGUUAAGUCGACAGAUUAGUUCAGAUGUGGAAGUAGUCAGUGAAGGACAUGAAAAGCUUAUGUUUAACCCUCUCUGUGAAAAUACUUGUCAAAGAUUGUGUACCAAAUUAAAUAUAGUGUAUGAAAGCAUAAAUAGCUCUGCGUCGAGUCGUGUCGGUGAAUUAGGCGUUCCGUGCCAAAAUAGAGACAUAGUUGCUGAUGGUAGCUGCUAUUUUAGGGCCGUUUCUCAGGCAGUGAGUGGCACACAAAAGCAUCACAUCAAAAUUAGGAGAGCGGUUGUUAAAUAUUUAAUGAAAAAUGAUUUGAAAUACAAAAGUAGUUUGAGAGAAGGUUAUUCCUCUGUGGCAGAUUAUGUAGACAAAUCAAAAAUGCGUUACGUUAGCAGCUGGGCGACAGAAUUAGAAAUACAAGCCACAGCAGAUUUAUUGGGUAUUAAUGUCUUUACAUUUAAUGGUGGUCGUUGGCUAAAGUAUGGAUGCAGUAGCAGUUGUGUGUCAGAAAAAUCCAUUUAUUUAGAAAACUGCCUUGGUAAUCAUUUUGAAACUGUAGUUUGUGUUAAAGAACCCAAACUAGAAAGUUGUUAUGAGUACUGUAAAGUAAAUGUUUCAGAAGCGUGUCGUACUAGAUUGUCAGGCAAAGAUUUAAUUAGAGGUGUUUCAUCCGAAAGUGACACAUUGGUUUGCAAGAAGGACAAAAAGCGCGACAGAGGUUUAUGUAUUUCUAAAUAUGAUAAAGUAACGAGAAGAACCCAAAUUAGGAAUAUAAACAAAAGAAAAUAUGCAUUAGAUGCAUGUCACCGACAAAACCUGAAGAAGCAAAGGAAAAUAAAAUAUGCAAAAGAUGCGCGUCAUCGUGAAAAUGAGAAAGGCCGAAGCAAAAUAAAAUAUGCACUAGAUGCGCUUCAUCGUGAAAAUCUUAAAGAUCAAAGCAAAAUAAAAUAUGCAAAGGAUGCGCGUCACAGAGAAAUAGUUAAACGAGUUGUGAAAUCAAAGAGGCGAGAAAUUAAAGAAAAAGACAAAACACAGAAUAUUGAGUUUUUCACUGAGAGGUUUUUAAACAAAGUUGAACAUGGUCCUGAGUAUAUCUGUUGUGUCUGUUUCAGGCUGUUGUUUCCACAUCAGGUGUUGAGUUGUAGAAAGGAUGCUUAUAAUAAGACUGCGGCCAUAGCUUCUUUGGCAGAUAGGUGUAUUAGAACUGACUAUUUACAUAAAUGUAGGGAGGAUUGUGUUCAGCCGUGUCAGAUUAUGGCUUCAAGUAGAGGGCAUCUUUGGAUUUGUUACACUUGUCAUCAUAAAAUUUCACAUGAGCAAAUGCCUGCUGAAAGUGUAACAAAUAAUUUGGUAGUAGAUCCAGUUCCCCCAGAAUUGGCUUGUUUGAAUAGGUUAGAACAACAUUUGAUUGCUUUAAAUAUUCCGUUCAUGAAAAUGCUUGCAUUACCUAAAGGUGGCCAAAAUGGAGUUCAUGGACCAGUAACCUGCGUUCCAUCCAACGUAGUUCAAACAUCUAAAAUGUUGCCCCGAUCAAAUAUGGAGGGCUCUUUAUUGGCAGUAAAAUUAAAACGUAAGUUAACUUAUAAAGGCCAUUAUCAAUAUGAGUUUGUGGAUACGAUGCAUAUUAGGCAAGCUUUACGGUUUUUAAAGCAAUCAAAUAAGUUUUAUAAAGACAUAGAUUUUAAUGAGGAAUGGGUUAAUGAGUUGUGUGUCUUAGAGCAAUAUGAGGAUGAAGAGAAGGACAAAGCAGAAGUAGUUGAGAGUACUGGGGAUGAUGUUGAAGAUGAUGAGUUGCUGCAUGAUCGACAGCAACAUUGCAUGUUUUCAGACACGUGUCUAAUGCCUGUAGAUAUUGGUCAGGAAGUUCUUGAUCAGUAUUUUGAUAGUAUAGUUAAUGUUGCACCAGCUGAGGGUAAUAAUCCAGUUAAGUUGUUGACAGAUCGAGAAAAUGAAGCAAGGUGUUUCCCAGUGUUGUUUCCUCGAGGUCGUAAUAUGUAUCAUGAAAGGCGUGUCUAUAAUUUGUCGUUGUGCCGUUAUUUUAAUAACCGAAUUUUACAUGCGGAUAGAAGGUUUGCUCAGAAUGUAGAGUAUAUUUUCUUUGCUCAGUACAUGUCUGAGGUAGAGCAGGUUGUUUCCAAAGUAAGUAUAGCAUUAAGAAAAGGUAAAGGAGGUGAGGUGAGCGUAGAAAAGGAAGAGUCCUUGAAGCAGUUGUUGGAUGUAGAUGACGGUUUUAGAUUUCUUAAGCCUAUUAGAGGGACUGCAGCAUUUUGGCAGGGAGUACAGAAAGACCUGAUGGCUUGUGUUCGGCAGCUUGGGAUUCCCACGUGGUUUUGUUCAUUCUCUUCCGCAGAUCUGAGAUGGCAAAACCUUCUUAAAACUAUUUUAAAACAGGAAGGUCGAACACAGACAUUCGAAGAGUUAGAGUGGACUGAUAGAUGUGAUUUGUUGCGUCGUAAUCCCGUCACUGCGGCCAGAAUGUUUGAUUUCCGCUGGCACUGUUUUCUGAAGGAGGUCCUUAUGUCUCCUUCCAAUCCCAUAGGAAAAAUUAUUGAUUACUUUUAUCGGGUGGAGUUUCAGUGUCGCGGGAGUCCUCAUGUGCACUGUCUUUUCUGGAUUGAAAAUGCGCCUAAAAUUAAUACGAACACAGACGAAGAAGUGGUAGCUUUUAUUGAUAAGUAUGUAACAUGUGAGCUACUAGCACAGGAUGAGACCUUAUUGGAGAUGGUCACAUCUGUGCAGCAACAUUCAAAGAGUCAUUCAAAAAGUUGUAAGAAAGGUGGCACUGAAUGUCGCUUUAAUUUUCCCAGACCAGUGUCAGGUAGGACAUUUCUUGUCAAUGUUCAUUUGAAACCAGAUUGUGAUAAAUGUAAGAAUAGAUUCGAUCCAAAAUAUGAAGGAAAACAGUGCACAUGUGGAAAUGAGUACUACUAUAAUCUGCUAAAGGUUGAUAAGGAUUUGGCAGUACACACUCUGGAGUCAGUGAAAAAGGCGUUAAAAGAUGAGAACAAGACGUUUAAUAGUUUAGAUGAGUUGUAUCAUACUUUAAAUAUCAGUCAGCAAAUAUUUGAAAUAUGUUACAAACGUCUAAAUAUGAAUAAAACCCAAAUUGUAUAUAAAAGAGACAUUAACGAAGCAUGGAUUAAUCCAUAUAACAAGUCUCUAUUAAAAUGCUGGAAUGCAAAUUUAGAUAUUCAAUUUGUGACAGACGCGUACGCCGUUAUAGUAUAUAUAAUUUCAUAUAUUAGUAAAUCAGAAAAAGAGGUAGGAUUGUUGCUUAGUAAAGCUCAUAAAGAAGCAACAAAAGAUGACAACGUCAGUGCAAAAGAGGCACUGAAACAAAUUGGCAGCGUUUAUCUAAACAGUCGCGAUGUGUCUGCUCAAGAAGCAGUUUAUAGAUUAACGGGAAUGCAUUUGAAAGAGAAUUCGCGUAAAGUAGAGUUUAUACCAACAGGGGACAAAAUAGUUAAAAUGAGUAAACCAAUUAGUGUUAUCCAAGAAUGUGGGCUAACAGGAGAUGAUGUGUGGAUGGUUAGUAUCGUAGAUCGUUAUAGAAGUAGGCCUAAUAAUAGCACUUUUAAUGACAUGUGCAUAGCAACGUUUGUGUCUGAAUAUCGGCUUUUAAAAGGAAAUGAAAAGUCAAAGAAUGCGAUUCAAUUGCAAAGGGGAUUAGGGUUUAUUCUUAAAAGAACGCGAACAAAACCCGCAGUAGUUCGUUAUGCGCGCUUUUCAAAAACAAAAAACCCCGAAUUAUAUUUUAAAAGCCAGUUACAGUUGUUUUUGCCGUACCGCGUAGAAGAUGACUUAAAAGCUGCUGAUUGCGAAACGUUUGAACAAUUUUAUGAAAAUGGUUCCGUGAUCUUUAGUGAUGGAUCAGAACACACCGUGAAAUCUGUCGUCGAUACGAAUAGGAACAAAUUUGAGGUAGAAGAUUCAGAAGAAUUAGAAGAGCUGCAAAAGAAGCUUGAAAAUGAGGGUGGCCCUGAAGUUGCCUGGGGAAAUCUGUGCCCCGAAAAAGAAGUAGAGCGUUUAGAGUGUAAAGAUGAAAUUAGAGAAAAAGAACAGACACCUGAGGGAGAUGCUGAAGAAAUAGGUCGGGAACUCGUAGACAACAUUCCAGAUUUGGCUGUUAGGAAUGAUCAGGUGUGUCAAUUAGAAAAGAAUAAUAAUGUAAUUAGUAGGAGUGAGGGCUUAGAAUUAAUUAGAUCGCUGAAUGAGAAGCAGCUGUCAGUCUUCUAUAAAAUCCGUAACUGGUGUUUAGAAAAAGUUAAUGGUAGAAACCCAGAACCCCUCCAUGUGUUUAUAUCUGGAGGAGCUGGAGUUGGAAAGAGCUACCUAGUUAAAGCGAUUCAAUACGAGGCCACAAGGUUAUUGUCACCAAGUUGUCAGAAUCCAGAUAACAUUUGUGUUUUAUUAACGGCUCCGACCGGAAUAGCUGCUUAUAAUUUAAAGGCAGCGACUAUCCACAGUACAUUUGGCAUUGGCAAAGACGUGAGCCUACCUUACACACCUUUGAGUGAGGAAAAGCUCAAUUCUUUGCGUGUUAAAUAUAGUGAUUUGCAGAUAGUCAUAAUUGAUGAAAUCUCCAUGGUCAAUCAUAAUCUAUUGGCUUACAUCCAUGGCAGAUUAAGACAAAUCAAACAAACUGGUGACUAUAACCCCUUCGGUAAUGUCAGCAUAAUCGCGGUCGGAGAUUUUUAUCAGUUGCCCCCAGUAAAAGGAAAAGCGUUGUAUGUACAAGAUGUACAAAUGAACUUGUGGUCUAGUUUAUUUCAUCUUGUGGAGUUAAAAACAAUCGUUAGGCAAAAAGAUGAAGAGUUUGCGCGAAUAUUAAAUAGAAUGCGAACACAUAGAAAAGGUACGCCAAUGUUAGCUGACGAUAUAAACGUCUUAAAACGGUGUGAAACAGGUGAAGAGAGCACAGCCUUACACAUCUUUGCUACAAAUUCCCAGGUUGAUGAAUAUAAUGAGGGACAGUUAAUGAGCAUAUGUCCUGACUACAUAGUUAUAACUGCACAGGACUUUGGUUAUAAUAAAAAAACUGGUAAAUUAGAGUUAAAGCCAGAUCAUCAUAUUAGGGCCAAGAAAACAGCUUUACAAAGAGAGCUGUUAUUGGGUAAAAAUGCUCGAGUCAUGUUGUCUCAAAACAUAGAUGUAAAUGACGGGUUAGUAAAUGGUGUAUGUGGCACAGUGAUAUACAUAGAACAGCCUGAAAAGAAUAUGUUUCCUCUCAAAGUAUAUGUAAAAUUUGAUGAUGAUCAGGUAGGCAUAAAGAGGAAGAAACAAACCAUUUAUCCAUCAGCAGAGUUAAUGGGUUCAGUGCCAAUUGAACCUCAGGAAGAGAGAGCAAAUAAAAAAGGCCUGAGACGACAGUUUCCUUUAAAGUUAGCUUGGGCCUGUACUGUACACAAAGUACAGGGCCUUACAGUAGAUAGUGCUGUUGUCUCUUUAGCUAAGGUCUUUGCACCAGGACAGGCAUAUGUGGCAUUAAGCAGAGUUAGAAGCCUGUCUGGUUUAAUUAUUCAGGACUUUAAAGAGAAGGCUGUUUAUUGUAAUGCCAACAUUGAACAGGCGAUUGCUAAUAUGCCACCAUUUCUAACUGAAAGCCACACAGUAGUAAAAGAUGGUUUUAGUGUAUUUCUAAUGAAUGUUCAAAGUUUAAAUCGCCAUGUCUCAGAUUUGGCCCACUGUGCACAGCAUUUGCAGCCUAACUGUAUUGCUGUGACAGAGACAUGGAUACCUGCUGAUGUUAGCUUAGAUUCUGUAGAAAUCACUGGUUAUAGGUUUAGUAAUGCCCCACGUAGUUUAGCCUAUCAUAGCGAUAAUCCAGUGUUAAUUUCCCUUAAAGGCCAACAACAUGGUGGCGUUGGCAUGUACUGUGACAGUAAUGUAGAAUUUGAAAGUGUCACAGUUGCAGGUUUAAAUAUAGAGUGUUUAGCUGUAAAAUGUGUCACAUACAACAUUUUAAUAGCAGCCAUUUACAGGCCACCAUCAUAUCCUGUGUCUCUCUUUUUCAGGCAUUUUGAAGAAUUGUUAAAUGUGUUAGAGUCACAAAGUGGAACCAUUGUUGUUUUGGGUGAUUUCAAUGAGGACAUUUUGAAGUCCUCAACAAUUUGUCAGAAAAUGACAGACAGAGGAUAUGAGCAACAUGUGUCGACAGGCACUACAGAGAAAGGCACCUUAAUUGAUCAUGUUUACGUUAAAAAUAGUAAUUAUAUUGUGGAAGCGCUAGUGGUGCCUACAUAUUUUAGUGAUCAUGAGGGCAUUAUAUGUUCAUUUAAGUAAGACAGCCCAAAUGCUUAAAACUUGAGAAAUUUUCUUUUUUAAAUAAAUUUAAUCGACAUGUAGUAGAUGUGCUACUCUUCACCUGAGUUCCCUGUCAUGAAUAAUUUGUAUGUAGUCAUUACAUUUUGUCCCCUGUUGAUAUCCUUUACACCUGUACAACGUUAGUCCAUAUUCAUAAGGUAUUCUGAGCUUCCUGUCCAGAGAAGGUAGGGAAAAUGUCAAAAUAGUGAGUAGAUUUGUUGUUGGUUGUUGUAUUGAGAAGAAAUAGU